AUGGCUCAUUUAUUGAAAAUCACUGGAAAAGGGAUUGGUAUGUGUAAAAAAGUGAUGAAUGAUAGUAUUUCUGAAAUGAGGAAACAGGAGGAUAAGGCAACAAACAGAAUUACCCAUUCACAACCUAGAGCUUUUGACUUGCAAACUAUAGCUCAAUUAGAUGCAGAAAUUGCUAGAAUGUUCUACGCUAAGGGUCUACCUUUUAAUUUUGCUAGAAAUCCUUAUUAUGUGAGUUCUUAUUCUUUUGUUGCUAAUCAUGUUUUGGGUGGUUAUGUGCCGCUUGGUUAUAACAAAUUGAGAACCACAUUACUUCAGCAAGAAAAAGCAAAUGUAGAGAGGUUGCUUGAACCAAUUAAAAGCACUUGGUUAGAAAAGGGUGUCAUUAUUGUGAGUGAUGGAUGGAGUGGUUCCCAGAGGAGGCUUUUCAUUAAUUUUAUGGUUGUUUCUGAGUCUGGCCCCAUGUUUAUCAAAUCUGUAGAUUGUUCUAGUAAAGUGAAAGAUAAGCAAUUUAUUGCUAAUUUGCUAAAAGAAGUAAUUGAUGAGGUGGGUCAUCAAAAAGUGGUACAAGUCAUUACUGAUAAUGCUUCAAAUUGUAAAGCAAAAAAUUUGGAAACUAAUCAAGAAACUUAUGAUGUGUGUCACUGGAUCACUGAAAUCUAUGGAGAUGCUUUGCAAAUAAAAAAUUUUAUAAUGAAUCAUUCCAUGAGGCUUGCAAUUUAUAAUCGAUUUAGCCCUUUGAAAUUGCUUUCAGUUGCUGACACUCAUUUUGCUUCUAUUGUUGUGAUGCUUAAAAGAUUUAAACUUAUUAAGCGUGCUUUAGAAGCAAUGGUUAUGAGUGAUCAAUGGGCACAAUACCGAGAAUAUGACCAAGGCAAAGCUAGAUUUGUUCGUAAUAAAGUGGUAGAUGAGGAUUGUUGGGAAAAGGUUGAUUACAUUCUUGCUUUUACUGGGCCCAUUUAUGACAUGAUCAGAGUUUGUGACACAUACAAACCAUGCCUGCAUUUGGUUUAUGAGUUGUGGGAUUCUAUAAUUGAAAAUGUGAAGCAAGUUAUUUUUUAUCAUGAAGGAAAGCAAGCAGAUGGGUUUUUUCCUUUCUAUUAUGUGGUUCAUCGAAUUCUUGUUGAUCGUUGGGCAAAGAGCAACACUCCUCUUCAUUGUUUGGCUCAUUCAUUAAAUCCAAGUGAAAAAUGGCUUCAAGAGGGAGAAGGGAGAGUGCCUCCUCAUAUGGAUGGAGAAAUCCUAGGAAAUAGUGGGCAUGUUUUGGUUCCAAUGCACCUUUACUUCAAAGGUUGGCUUUUAAAAUGCUUGGACAACCUACUUCCUCCUCUUGUUGUGAAAGAAAUUGGAGAUGUUAGUGGCGAUCAAUUUGGGAGUAUGGAAGAUGUGGGAGUUCUUGAAUUUGCUAACCUUUCAUUGGAUGAACCAGAGUUAGAGUCUAUUUUAUUUGAUGAAAAUGCAACUACAAGCAUGGAGAAGGAGAAAGACAGUAAAGUUGAAAAAAUGUCAUAA